AGCCUUGGCAGUAAACAGAUCUGUGAUCUCAGAGGCAAUGAGGCACCGGGAGCGCUGGCAGGGCCGUGGGGAGCUCAGGGACCAGGAGGCUGGGGGAGACUCCGGCUCUGAGCGGGGUCCGUAGGGCUGGAGCUCCGGGUGUCCCAGCAGGUGCUGCCAUGCCAGAGGGUGGAACUGGUGUGAAGCUGCUCGUGUGAUGAAAACCAAACCCACCCUCUUUUGCUAGCCCAAGUUUCUUGGAGGGCAGGGGGUGGUGGAGGAUGCGAGAGGGCGAUGAGUGGUCCCAGGGACGACGGCCGCUGUCGCAGGGCAGUUCACAUCGUCACCGAGCUGUGCCAGAAGAAAAGCCUGCCCAGCUUGGACCUGGACACCUGCAGGGAAUUCCUCCUGCUGCCUUCUGACCAGAGCCUCAUCAUCUCCGAGCCAGAGCUCUCCGUCAGCCUCCUUGCAGUGAUAGUUAUUGUGUGUGGACUGGCCCUGGUGGCAGUGUUUCUGUUUCUCUUUUGGAAGCUGUGCUGGGUUCCCUGGAGGAACAAGGCCCUUUCCUCUAACCUGGCCGUGCUGAGGAGCGAGGCAGGCUGCCACAAGGACAGCAUGGCAGACAAGCUCAAGGACACGGGGGCCAUCAGCUUCCUGGAGGCAGCGGUGAAGAUCAGCCACACGUCCCCAGACAUCCCUGCAGAGGUCCAGAUGUCCAUGAAGGAUCACAUCAUGCGGCGCACACGGAUCCAGAGGCAAACCACGGAGCCGGCGUCUUCCACCAGGCACAUCUCCUUCAAGAGGCACCUCCCUCGGCAGAUGCACGUGUCCAGCAUGGACUAUGGCAUGGACCCCCCGGCCGUGGCCGAGCAGCCGACCAGCAUCGGCCGCAUCAAGCCCGAGCUCUACACCCAAAAAACUCUCGACGCCGAGGACCCCAAAAAGGAGGCGGAAAAAACCUGCGGGAAAAUCAACUUCACCCUCAAGUACGACUACGAGAACGAGACGCUGACCGUCCGGAUUCUCAGGGCUUUUGACUUGCCAGCCAAAGACUUCUGCGGCAGCUCGGACCCCUACGUGAAGAUCUACCUCCUGCCCGACCGCAAGCGCAAGUUCCAGACGCGGGUCCACAGGAAGACUCUGAAUCCCACCUUCGACGAGUCCUUCCACUUCCCUGUGCCCCACGAGGAGCUGGCGGGCAGGAAGCUCCACCUGAGCGUCUUUGACUUUGACAGGUUCUCCAGGCACGACAUGAUAGGGGAAGUUAUCCUGGAGAACCUGUUCGAGGACUCAGACCUUUCCCGGGAGACUUCCAUCUGGAGGGACAUUCAGUACGCGACGACGGAAAGCGUGGACCUGGGCGAGAUCAUGUUUUCCCUUUGUUAUUUGCCAACUGCAGGUCGCCUCACCUUAACAGUCAUUAAAUGCAGGAAUCUCAAAGCUAUGGACAUCACUGGUUACUCAGAUCCAUAUGUCAAAGUGUCUUUGCUCUGUGACGGGCGAAGACUGAAAAAGAAGAAAACCACCAUAAAGAAAAACACACUUAAUCCCACCUACAAUGAAGCAAUAAUCUUUGACAUUCCCCCAGAGAACAUGGAUCAAGUCAGUCUGCUCAUCUCUGUCAUGGAUUAUGAUCGGGUGGGGCACAACGAGAUCAUCGGGGUUUGCCGCGUGGGGGUCAACGCUGAGGGGCUGGGCAGGGACCACUGGAACGAGAUGCUGGCGUACCCCCGCAAGCCCAUCGCGCACUGGCACCCCUUGGUGGAGGUGAAGAAGUCCUUCAAAGAGUGGCACGGCCGGGCAGCGAGCUUCGACAGCCAGGGCUCCUGUCCCUCUCCCAAACCACCCCCCACACCCUGAGAUGGAGCACAGAGAGCAAAAUGGGACUAAUCCAAGUUGGUUUUGCCCUUGGCCCACGGUCUCAGUGAUUGCUGAGUGGCGGUGGCAGCAGCGGAACUUUCUGGUCUAGUUGUUCCUGCGUGAGUAAAGGUAGAAACCCGUUUUGUGGUCAAAUAUGUUUUUGUCUAAUAUGUCUCCAAAGGUGAUGUUAUUUUUGUGGCUUUUUACUGUAUGGAUCUGUUUCCAGAGGAAGGAGGUGGACUGAGACAUGAGCUGGAAGUUUGGUGUGUAAAAUAACGUGUAAAAUAGUUUUUAGUGUCUGCGAAGGCUGGACAAGGGAGAAGGUGUGUCUGCAGAGGGCAGAGGGGGCCAGGAGAGGGGGCAUCUCUGGGAGAGCCGUGGCAGAAGAUGGGAGAGACUCUUCCAACCUGCCAGCAGCUCCGUCCUCGUGGUCAGCCCCAACCCAGCAGAGUGUUCCCGGGUCUCCUGUUCAUGUAGAGGUGUCCAUGAGCUCUUAGAAGUCUGUGCAGUGUGUAUCCCAAAUUCCUUCUGUCAUAUAUAAAAAAAUGCUGUUGAUUCCUCGAGGGGGGAGGGGAAGCUGGUUUUUUUCCCCCCCCCGUAUUUGAAGUCUCCCCAGAGUUAAUUGCAUGAACAGUUUCUUCAGAGCCCUUUGUAGCUGCUGCUCAUCCCCCCUGUUCAUCACCACGUUACCCAGAGUGGAGGGAACGGCGCUGCCAAAAGUGGGAUUCAGAAUUAAAAGGGGGAAGAUGUUACAGAAAUAGGUGAUAUCCUUGCAUGACCACUGGAUCUCUAUUUCAUAUGUCACCCAAAUAAUAAAGGGUGAAUCAAAGGGGAAAGGGAAACACGACCAAUACUAAAAAAAAAAAAAAAGCUUCCAAACUUUUUUCUUGGACUUCCUGUCAGCACUUCCCCAAGGAAUAAAGUUUCUAGGGCCCAAAUCCUGGAGGAAGGUCAAGUUUUGGGAAAAAAAAAUAAAUGAAUCUUUGCUGAUUCCUUGGUUGCAGAGGCCAAAAAUGAAGUUAAAACAUCCCAAGUACUGGCUUUGCAGCUAAAUCAGCUGAUCUUUAUCAGCCAGCUGUGGAUUUUGGACACUUUCUCAUCGUGGAUUUUUCUCUGAGUUAAGAAGUGCUUCAGUGCUGUUUAUUCCACCCUAAUGAAAUUAAGCAAAAGCAAAUAUUUUUGGUUUUCGAGGCAAAAUUUGCGAGCGAGGCAGCGGGUUCUCCUCCCAUCAGGGUUAUCAGAACUGCUUUCAUCAGCCACAAUCCUCAGGUCAACUUCAGCUUCCAUUUUCCUAAAUGUCACCACAUCAUCCUUCACUGCACAUCACGGCUGGCAGAAGAGGGGUGUUUGCAUUGCUUGGGGGUGAGAUGAAUUCUUGGUGCAGUGAAGGGUAAAUACAUCAUUUCUCAUCACACCUUGUGUCUUAAUUCUCUUUACGUGCCACGCGCUAUAGGAGCAGAAACUCAAUAAAAUUAUUUUAUUUGUAA